GUUAGUUGCACACACGCAGCGGCUCAAUAACGGGACGAAUCUAUAGCAAAAGUGGUGCCGGCGACUUGUGACAGCGCAAUACCAACGCACGUUGACUGAGUGGCAAAGUGCAUGGGUUGGCACAAUGGACGUGUGUCCUCGCCUCCAAAGGACAAUCCCACCAACCCUCAGCAUAUUCGUCAUAGUUUUUUUCUGUCUGGUCGGCCAGACUGGCGCCCUGGUCCGACCGCUGCCCAGUGGUAAUUUAAUUGGACCUGGAGGGACCAAGUUUGAAAUUAGCUUUGGCUCGUGCCUUUUGCACCUGUACGAGUCCUGCUCUAACUCAAGACUGCUUUUUUAUUAUAUUCCUAGUUUGGAGAAAUCUAAGCACUUUCUUUUCAACUCAUCCGACGCCGAAUCUCUCGACGCCAGUGGAUUUAACUCAAGUCGCCCGACCAAAUUGCUUAUCCAUGGCUACAACGGCUCUCUAUACUACGAACCGAUCUACAAUAUUGCUAGAACAUACUUGGGUGAGGUUGAUGUGAAUGUGGUGGUGCUCGACUGGCGGGCCUACUCGAACAUGCCUUGCUACCCCAGUUCUGUGCUCAACACGUGGCAGGCCGGCCGGUGCACUGCCCACGUUCUUCAGGAGAUGGCCACGUGGACGGGUGCCCCGCGGCAAUUUUUCGCGGACUUGCACAUCAUAGGUUUCAGUUUGGGCGCCCACGUGGCUGGAUUCGCCAGCGCCUACCUCAAGCCCUUCAGAAUCGGAAGGAUUACUGGAUUGGAUCCAGCAUUGCCCUUUUUCGCCUCACUGAGUCGUUCAUGGAAAUUGGAUGCAAACGACGCGCGCUUCGUCGAUGUCAUCCACACAAACGUCGGCGUCUUCGGCAAGAUUGAUAACACAGGUCACGCAGAUUUCUACGUGAACGGAGGAUCCGUUCAGCCAGCGUGCAACAACAGUCUAAGACCGCUUUGCAAUCACUUGCUGGCGCCUUCCUAUUUUGCCGAGUCGAUUUCGACUAAGGCGAGAGGUUUUUACGGGUACCCAUGUCAGAGUUUCCUUUACUAUGUCCUUGGGUGGUGUGACGAGAGAAUCACAAAGAAGAACUCUGCAGUCAUGGGCGAAUAUUGCCCAAAGAGCACAAGAGGUGUUUUCUUUGUAAACACUGCAAGUCAAUAUCCAUUCAGUUUGGGACAAGAGUGGCCUGAAGAAAGCAUCGUCAUUGAAGCAAAUACGGCUGAAGAACUAGUCGAGUCGACGCCAACAACUGUUUUUUAUAAUGAAACUGAAGAGACGACAACAAUGCCAGAUUUGAAUGAAAACUUUUGA